GUAGCCAGGUGUGUCGCCCACCUUUGCUGCACGGUUCUCUCCCUUGGCUGGAUGGGAGCAAAGCUUUGGGAAGCCAUCACGGAGCUGCACCAUGGAACCUGAGUCCGUUCUCCAAAGCGCCCAUCCACCACAGCUCGCCGGGACCUCUUUCGGUCUACCCUCCGGCCUCUACCUCCACUCUGUCUGCGGGCCACUCCAGCCCCCAUCUUUUCACUUUCCCACCGACCCCUCCGAAAGAUGUGUCUCCAGAUCCUUCCAUCUCCACCCCGGGCUCCACGGGGUCCAGCCGUCAAGAAGAGAAGGAGUGCAUUAAAUACCAGGUGUCUUUGGCCGAAACGAUGAAGCUGGAAUCCUCUCAUUCUCGGAGCAACAUGGCGUCCCUCGGAGGAGCGUCGUCUUCUGGUCAUCAUCCAAUCGCCACUUAUCCUUCCUACGUUCCUGAAUACGGCUCUGGACUUUUCCCCCCGAGCAGUCUCCUUGGGGGGUCACCCACUGGAUUUGGGUGCAAAUCCAGACCCAAGGCCCGUUCCAGUACAG